CAAAUCUGAACGCAUACUAUUUUCUCUCACACUUUGAACUUCUCUCUCUCUCUCUCUCUCUCUAAGAACCCACUCUCUCUUUCUCUGAGCUUUCAUUUAUUUUCUUUCCUGAUUGCUUUCAGUAGCUGCUAAAUACCUCCACUCAGAAGCACUGCUCUGUUGUUUCGACGACUGAGAUGUCGUCGGAGGUUUCGGAAGCGACUAAUUUGUCGAUAAGAAGAAUCUCGCGCUACAGGAGAGUUCUCUAGGCAGAGGUUAAAAAAAAAAAAAAAAAAAGGAAUCGGACGGUUGGGAUUGGAAAUUGGAAAAUUGGACUAGAACGUUGUUGUGGGACCCAAACAAAAAAAUGGACGGUCAGAUGAGCCCGGCGAAGCUUACGAGAACUCAGUCUUUGCUCCGUUCAUCACCCACCAUCCGAUCUUCCAUUCACAGUCUAUCUUCGGUUACCGAAGACGACGUUAUAGCAGCUUCGGCGGCGGCCAAACAAAACGACGACGACGAAGAGAAGCAGCAGAAGAAAAAACCCGUCCGGUCCGGUUCGACUUCGACUCCUCGAACCGGUUCGAUCCGGAUUGCUCAACAUUUCGUAGCCAUGGCUUCGCUCUCUUUGUUCAGUCUGUUCCUCUUCUUCUUUUUCUAUCUCAGGAGGGAAGAGAUUUCCACCUCGGAGAAUCUCCUUCUGGCUCUGGUCUUCGUCGCCGUGACGCUCUUCUUGGCGAGCAAGAACAAGGGUCUGAUCCACCGCAGCGUUUCGAUCAUCAAACACUCGUGGGAUGAGAACGCCAAGUGGCUCUGUUUCUCAAAGACCAGUAGUAGUUCCAAGCCCGUCCAGUGGUCCAUCGGAGAUUCAAACGGUAAGAGAGCGAGGAAAGAGAGAAGGAUUAUAAGGGAAGGGGUUGAGUUCUACAGCAAUGGCGAUUUCUACGAGGGAGAGUUCCAUAAAGGAAAGUGUAAUGGAAGUGGGGUUUAUAAUUACUUCGUGAAUGGGAGGUAUGAAGGGGAUUGGAUUGAUGGGAGAUAUGAUGGGUAUGGAAUUGAGAGCUGGGCAAGAGGGUCUCGGUACAAGGGACAGUACAGGCAGGGCUUGAGGCAUGGUUAUGGGGUUUACAGGUUCUAUACAGGGGAUUCGUAUGCAGGGGAAUGGUGUAAUGGGCAAAGUCAUGGCGUUGGAGUACAAACUUGCUCCGAUGGAAGCUGUUAUAUCGGGGAGUUCAAGUGCGGUGUGAAGCAUGGCCUUGGCCGCUACCAUUUCCGGAAUGGAGAUACAUAUGCAGGAGAAUACUUUGGAGACAAAAUCCAUGGAUUUGGUGUCUAUCACUUUGCCAAUGGCCAUUGUUAUGAAGGGUCAUGGCAUGAAGGCCGCAAGCAAGGCUAUGGCAAAUAUACAUUCCGGCACAGUGAUACCAGAUGCGGUGAAUGGGACUGUGGUACACUUAAGCAACCUCUACCGCCAUUAACAGAUGCAGUUCUUCGAGCUGUGCAGGGUGCUAGAAGAACGGCAGAGAACGCUAUCAAGCUUCGCAGGGUGGAUGAACAAGUGAACAAGGCAGUUAUGGCUGCAAAUCGAGCUGCCACAGCUGCAAGAGUUGCAGCAGUCAAAGCUGUCCAAAACCGGAUGGACGGAAAAUUUUGCGAUACGAACGUGGAAGACAAUGCUAGCUUUGUUUGAAUGUGUACAUUUUUUUUUUUUUUUCAACUAAUUUUAACUAGUUUGGGAGAAGGGUCAUCACCCCGGUGAGCAAAAAGCUCAUGAGAGGUUGAGAAAAGUGUAUGUUCCAAGUUUCCAUGAUCACACUUCAACUUGUAUAUACACCGUGUAUAUCAAUGGAAUAUGAAAAUUUUCCAAAAAAGAA